CAUGGGAGGAGAGGAGGGAUAGGCAUGGGAGUGAGAAUACAAAGUUGGGGAGAGGGCGCGGAGGCUGGUAGCAUCAUGGCUGGGGGAGGGGAGGAUAAAAGGUGAGAAGUCAAGGUGAACUGAGGGAUGAUCAGACUGGAGGGAGGGAGGUUACCCAGAGGGGCUGGGGGAAGGGAUCCUUCCACUGGAUUUGGGGAAGCCAGGGGAGACAAGGGCCACUGAGGCUUAGUGAGCUGAACUCCAGCUCCUGCUAUAUUGUGGGAAGACAGGCAUUGCCAGACCAGGCUUGCCUCAAACCCUGGGGUAGGGAGGAGAUGAGGGCCUGGCCUGGCUGGGGACAGAAUGGCAACCAGCCCAGAGGAGGUGAGGGUGGGGGCUGGAGGGAUGGAGCUCCAGGAGAGAUGGAGAGACCGUGAUGAGAACAAGAGAUCAGAGGCAGAGAACCAAGGGAGAAAAACACAGAGGAUGAAUGUUGACAAGAAACACAUGUGCCAAGUCACAGAGAGGGUGGCCACAAGGGUGGCGAUUGGAAACACAGGAGCAAGGGGACAGACAGAGCCCAGAAUCCCCUGCCACCAUCUCUUCUCCCUUGCUCCCAACCCUCUCUAUCCCCACCCCAAGCAGGAUGAAGUUUCCAUGACAACCUGGCCAGCCAGAAAAGGGGGGCAGGGGACUGCAGAGGAAAUUUUCCACAUCAGCAGGAAGGGAGGACGCUGUGAUGCAGAGAAGGAAUGGGCUGGGUAUAAGGGGGCCACACAGGGCACCAGGAUCCAAAACCGUCUUGCCCACAGCCCCCAGGAUUCUCAUCCUGCCCCCAAGCAGCAUACCCACACCCGCCUCUCUGGGCCAUUGCAGGAAAGGAGGAAGGUUCAGGAGAGGCUCAAGGGUCAAAUGUCCAAAGAUCAGCCACUGCCCAAACCUUGUGUAUGGGGUUGGGGGCGGCAGCGAGCAGCCAGUGGAGGUUAGACCACAGACCAGCAAACGGAAGGACAUGGCUCUCAGCACGGUCCCGAGGAAGGCACCCUGACCUUGUGGUGGAAGUGGCCCAUCCCAAAAUAAUCCAGGAAUCUGGGGCAGAAAUCCUGCGCUAUGCCGAUCUCCUGGUGGGGUCCCCCUCAGCCCUGGCUGACCAGACCACAGAGCAGCAGCUCCUGGAGGCCUCGCAUCGCUGGAGCCAUGCUGUGUUUGUGGCCCGGGGAGCCCUGUGGGGCACUGAGGACAUCACCAGAUUGGAUGAAGCCGGGGGCCUCCAGAGCCUGCGUGUCACCAUGGCUACACACCCUGAUGGCUUCCGGCUCGAGGGACCCCUGGCUACAGAGCACAGCACCAGGCCUCGCACUGUGCUCUAUGAAGGCCCUGUCCGUGGGCUCUGCCCUUUUGCCCCCCGAAACUCCAACACCAUGGCGGCUGCUGCCCUGGCCGCCCCCAGCCUGGGCUUCGACCGUGUGAUUGGGGUGCUUGUGGCUGAUUUCAGCCUCAAGGACAUGCACGUGGUGGAUGUGGAGCUGAGCGGAACCCCGGGCCCCACAGGCCGAAGCUUUGCUGUGCACACCCACAGAGAGAACCCUGCCGAGCCAGGCGCUGUCACUGGCUCUGCCACUGUCACCACCUUCUGGCGCAGCCUCCUGGGCUGCUGCCAGCUCCCCUCCAAGCCGGGGAUCCAUCUCUGCUGAGAAGCUUCCUCAUUCCCAAGAGGACAUCCUCAACUCAUUUCCCUCCCCACCACCAGGCUGCUGCCCUGACCUCAGUGUCCCCAGACCUCCCUCCUGUCCUAGUAAAUAUUGGAGGCUCUUCU